AUGCCGCGGCCGGGGAAAAGUUCGUACAGCGACCAAAAGCCUCCCUACUCUUACAUCUCGCUGACCGCGAUGGCCAUCCAACACUCAGCGGAAAAGAUGCUCCCGCUGAGCGACAUCUAUAAGUUCAUCAUGGAACGCUUCCCCUACUACCGCGAGCACACGCAGCGCUGGCAGAACAGCCUGCGCCACAACCUCUCCUUCAACGACUGCUUCAUCAAGAUCCCGCGGCGGCCCGACCAGCCCGGCAAGGGCAGCUUCUGGGCAUUGCAUCCCGACUGCGGCGACAUGUUCGAGAACGGCAGCUUUCUGCGGCGCCGCAAGCGCUUCAAGGUGCUGCGCGCGGACCACCCUCACCUGCAGGCUGGAAGCACCAAGGGCGCGCCGGGCACUGGGCCCGGAGGGCACGUGCACCCCCACCACGCGCACCACCCGCACCAUCACCACCACGCCGCGGCGCACCAUCACCAUCACCACCACCACCCGCCGCCGCCGCCGCCUCCCCCGCCGCACAUGGUGCACUAUUUCCACCAGCAGCCGCCUCCCGCUCCACAGCCGCCGCCGCCCCUCGCUUCGCAGCCCCCGCAGCAGCCUCCGCCGCAGCCUCCGCAGCAGUCUCACCCCGGCAAGAUGCAGGAGGCAGCGGCCGUGGCAGCGGCGGCAGCCGCGGCGGCGGCGGCGGCAGUGGGCAGCGUGGGGCGCCUGUCCCAGUUCCCGCCCUACGGGCUGGGCUCGGCCGCUGCAGCCGCCGCUGCUGCCGCCGCGUCCACGUCGGGCUUCAAGCACCCGUUUGCCAUCGAAAACAUCAUAGGCCGGGACUACAAGGGCGUGCUGCAGGCGGGCGGGCUGCCCUUGGCGUCGGUCAUGCACCACCUGGGUUACCCCGUGCCAGGCCAGCUCGGCAACGUGGUCAGCUCCGUGUGGCCGCACGUCGGCGUCAUGGAUUCGGUGGCCGCGGCUGCCGCCGCCGCUGCUGCCGCGGGGGUCCCCGUGGGCCCGGAGUACGGCGCCUUCGGGGUGCCGGUCAAGGCCUUGUGCCACACGGCAAGCCAGAGCCUCCCCGCGGUGCCCGUGCCCAUCAAGCCGACUCCCGCGCUGCCUCCAGUGGCCGCGCUGCCGCCGACGCUCGCUGUCCCUGGGGCCUCACAGCAGCCGCCGGGGCCGUCCACCGUGUGCCCGGCGGCCGCCGCCUCGCCCGCCGCCCCCUUGAUGGAGUCCACCGCCCCGGGCGCGGCUGAGACCAAAGGCGGCUCUUUGCACUCGGUGCUGGUGCACUCUUAG